AAAUGCAACGUCGUUACAUACUUCAAUUUUUUCAUCUACAAAUCUUGCCUGUUGAUUGAAUCCUCGAAAAUGGUUGUGUUUUGAAUAGAUCUCGAUCGGGGACAGGGAAAAAAAAAAAGGAAGAAGAAAGUAAUUGCCAUCUCUAAAGAUAAAUUUGUUGAGGUGACCAAUAAUAAGAGGAUAGAUAUUGCGAGAGUUGUGAACGAGACUUCCCGUUUUCAAAGGAAUUGUCAUAGAUAUAGGUUAUGAGUAUUUUCAUUAACAUUGCUAAGAGGUUAAAGUAAAACAUAAGGAUUAAGAUGAUAGAAGAAGAUAUUGAAGCAGAUCAAGGUGGUUUGCGCGUCGAUGGGAGACGUCCAUUAGAAUUGAGACAAAUUCACGUAAGGAUGGGUGUUUUCGGUCAGGCCGACGGAAGCGCUUAUAUAGAACAUGGUAAAACAAAGAUCUUGGCGGCGGUAUACGGGCCUCAUCAGCCUAAAGGCACAGGUAGAAGUAGCAGCAAAAUUACCAAAGCCAUUGUAAAUUGUCAAUAUAGUAUGGCAGUAUUUAGUUUUACAUCCGGCGAACGUAAACGUAAACCAAGAGGUGACCGUAAAUCACAGGAAAGGUCUCUUGAAUUGCGCCGUGCAAUGGAAGCGAUAAUACAUUUGGAAUUGUAUCCGCGCUCGCAGAUUGAUAUUUUCGUGGAAGUAUUACAAGUAGACGGAAGCGAUUAUUGUGCGUCCGUUAAUGCGGCCAGCCUAGCACUGAUCGACGCUGGGAUACCUAUAAAGAAUUAUGCGAUUGGAUGUACAAUAACAUUAGUAAACUCUUCAUACACGGAUGGAGAGGAGGGAGGUGUCGGCUCGGGCGUAUUGGAUGCAAAUUUUAUAGAAGAAUGCGCUCCGGGUGUAACUUUAUCUAUUGUUGCAUUACCUGAAACAAAUAAUGAUAGCGCGACAAAAAAUUCUGGAUUGAUUGUCGUUGCUCAAGGAGCGGGUCAAAGGUUACAUUUAUCGCAUUUGGAAUCAUUAAAACAGCGUGCUUUGCUUGGAUGUCAAGACAUAAAAGCCAUUUUAGAUCGUGCCGUACGUCACCAUUUAACAAUACAUUCACUUCCAUCGUUAUGUAACGUUACACUCGAUUAAAGCGAAGAAAUACUCUUUCGUUUUUUCAAUA